ACGGCUCAACUGAAGGACUAAGUGAGUGAGACACACGGAGAUCAAGAGGAGUAGACAGUACACAGAAAGGACAUGUGACAGUGAAUACUUUUCAGGAACUCGGUGAAAACUACUUUGUAUGGGUGGCAGGAAACAAAAAAACAACCUGUGGAGAUUGGUAGUACAACCCCCCCCCCCCAGGAAGCCUCAAUGUGAGCGCAGGGAUGAACAACUCCUCCUCAGACAGCAGGGAGGGUUACAGCGAGGCAACAAUGGUCCUGCUGGGCAUGGUCAUGUCCUUGCUCGUCUUGUGCAUCGUCUUCGGAAACAUCCUGGUCAUAACGGCGAUCGCCCGCUUCCAGCGUCUCCAGAAUGUCACCAACUGCUUCAUCACGUCCUUGGCCUGCGCCGACCUGGUCAUGGGUCUCAUCGUGAUCCCGUUCGGCGCCUGUUACAUCAUCUUUAAGACCUGGCACUUUGGAAGUUUCUGGUGCGAGUUCUGGACGGCGACCGAUGUGCUCUGUGUGACCGCGAGCAUCGAGACCCUGUGCGUCAUAGCCAUAGAUCGAUAUCUGGCCAUCACGUCUCCCUUCAGAUACCAGUCCAUGCUGACCAAGUGCAGGGCUCGCAUCGUGGUCGUCCUGCUGUGGGUGAUCGCCGCCUUGAUAUCGUUCCUGCCCAUACACAUGAAGUGGUGGAUAUCGGAUGAUAAAGAAGCCAAGGACUGCAUGAACAACAGUACCUGCUGUGAGUUCAACACCAACAUGGCAUACGCGAUCACCUCCUCCAUCGUCUCCUUCUACAUCCCGCUGGUCAUCAUGGUGUUUGUCUACAGCCGGGUUUUCCAGGAGGCUAAACGGCAGCUUAAGAAGAUUGACCAAAGUGUUGGACGCUUUCACAACAGCGGUGACAACAGCAACCUCAAAUCUAUCGAGGCUAACAACGGACGCGGCCAGAAGAAGGCCAAGUUUUGCUUGCGGGAACACAAAGCUCUAAAGACCUUAGGCAUCAUCAUGGGGAUCUUUACUCUGUGCUGGCUGCCUUUCUUCCUCUUCAACGUGAUGGUGGCCAUAUGGAAGGAGCUGCACCACGACCUCACCUUCAGGAUACUCAACUGGAUAGGUUACGCCAACUCGGCCUUCAACCCACUCAUUUACUGCCGGAGUCCUGAGUUCAGAUACGCCUUCAAAGAAAUCCUCUGCAUGAAGAGGAGCCACCUCAGUCACUCGGGGCCUGUGAACGGCUACGUAUACAGCAGGCACAGCUGGCAAAGCGAGCAGCAGGGGAGGAGUAAGGGCAGCUCGGAGGACAUUGACGCCAAUGAAGGGUGUCUGGGGAAGGGGGCGGGGGUCUGCAGUGCUGUGGACAGAUCAGUGGACCCCAAUGGGAACUGCAGCAAAGGCUUAUCCACAAUAACAACUGCCCUUUAGAAACUUGGCACGCUGAGAGUUGGGCAACCCAGACAUGUUUACACUGCUAUCAAAAACUCUUUUUUUCCAAUUGAGUAAUGUGGGUAGAGCCAGUCUGACUGACUGGUGGAAUCUCUACAAACUGCUUUGAAGACGCUCAGCUGAGGGAAGUAUUUCUCUUUAUCUUUGACACAAGGACUAAACACUGUAGGUAGAUCACUUUUUUUUUGUGACAUUUCUUUUUGUGAGUAAUUUCCAUCUACCUCAUUACUUCCUGUUGUUUCACAUUUGUUUCUUAACUGUCUAAACAAGUUGGCGUUUACUCUCUGGCCCCAGGGAAGUAUUGAAGCUGUUUAUUAACUCUACUAACUGUCUGUGCAUUAUGUCACCGUUGAUCUUUCUGAAUUCCCUGGCACAAUUUUGUUUUUAGCUCAGAGUCUUUGGCAAAAUAUCACACAGCUGGCUUAAAAACAUCUUUUGAAACUCAAAUAAAACGCUGUUGGAGGCUUUACAGUAAAUUAUAUUCAGGCAUGCCAAGCAAGCAUGGAUACUGAGUUCUUUCAGAAAAUGAGGAGAUUGGAUCUGAGUGUCUUUUUGGUGCUUUGUUAAAAAGUAAUACAUUCCAAAUUAACCAAAGUUAUAAUUUGGCUUUUUUUUUGUUUCCCCUUUUUUCUGAUGGAUUGCCUCGGUGUCAAAGAUGAUUUACAACAGGUUUAACCGAACCUGUCUCGCUUCUUUUUUCUCUCUCUGUCAGCCUGUCGCCUUACUGCUCAGAAAUGCUGUGAGGCCCUGUCCCCCUGUGCUUUUACAGCCAGUUUCAGGGAGUUUCUAAAUACUAGAGAUAUAAAAUUAUCUUUAUCUCCCUGCUGCAUGCUGAGUAACGCCUGAGGCCAUCCAAUUUAGGUUGUAUGAAAAGCUGGCAAGUUUGUACAUGUUGUAAUAGCCAGUUUCUAUUAUCAGCCCUGAAUAUAUUUAAUAUAUUUAAGUGCAGAGCAGAUGGAGUUAUUGAUAAUUGGCUUAAACUUUGGUAUUGACCUUCAAAGCUUACAGCUGAUUACAUUCAAAUAUACAUUUUUGCUACUGUACAGUCAAUCUUCAUUCCACAGGGUGAUUUGUGUGACAUGUAAAACAGUUGUUGGUACUUUUUAAAAAUAUUUUGUAAGUGUAAGGUUUUUCUAUCUUGCCCUCAACGUUUCUGUCAGAGGCAACAAGUUGUUAUACAAGCCUUGUUUAUUUACCCGGUUUUUGUGGUUGCUGUGUGUCAGUGUUUACUGAAACCAGAGACGCCGUUUCCUUAGCCAUGGCACAAGCGGUACAAACCACCCACAGUAAUAAACAGGGCGUUUUAAUAACCGAGUGAUAACAUAGUUCCAGACUCGGGAACUUGUUGGUGGCGACUUCUCAGGCCUAUAAACUGAGAUGAGAAAAACCAUCCUCAGCUGCACCUUUGUUGGCGCUCCUUGACAUUUCCCAGAGUCUCCUCACUGUAAACAUAGAUGUGUAUCUUUAUGAAAUCUCUCCAAGUCUCCUCACUGUAAACCAAUAUCUGUAUCUGUAUGAAAUCAGUCUAACAUUAGGAUUAGUUAUGAGUCCACUGAGCAGGCUCUCAGCUGUGACAGUUUUUUUUUUUUCUCACUCAUCUUCUGCUGCCUGCUUCAGAUGCUGCUUUGUGUGUAGCCUCAGCAAAUGCAACACAUCCAGCUGAACAAGACCCAAUAAACACAAAUCAAUCCACCGUUAAGCUGUAGAAUUCGAUAAACCCCUGAUCAAAGACAGCAGACAAUUAGAAAGUAUACAUUUCUAAAUUCUAAGUUUUAAAUCUAAAGGGGCCAACCUGAAAUUAACGUAAGGUUCAUCUUUUGACUAAUGGACAGUUUGCUCUCAGCAUGCAGGGCUUGAAUGGGGAAAAGUCACCCACAUGUAUCACACUAAACGGCUUGCUGGAUCAUUAUGCUCAAUAGCAGCAUUAAAGAUGCUCUGCAGACGUAACCACAUCUCAACAGAUUUGGCGUUCCCUCGUGUUUCUGAUCAAAGUGACAGCAUGCUAAAUGUGGCUCCUGAAGGCAGACGGGGAGGGGGUGACAUGGAUUCUGUGCCCGUCUAAAUCGGUAUUAGUGACCUGUGUUUUAGUGCAUGUAACUUCGCCUCUGGAGUUCAGUCAGCAGACUCUGUCAAAACUGUGAACUUUGUUCCCUCAGAGGAACCUCAAUGUGCUGUACUGUAUGUGUGGGUUUGUUCUGUGCUGUUGUCAAAGGCCUUAGGAGUAGACGUAACCACAGUGUCAUCCUACGUCAAUGUUUGCCAUGUGAAAAACAAGCUCUUCACGAUGGUGAUCUUUCUUUCUGUUUUUUCUUGUUCAUGGAUUUACAGCAGUGUAAAUCCAGGGGUUGAAUGUCAUUACAAAUGUUCUCCAGGGAAUUUAUUUUUCAGCACUUUUAAUCAAAACAAGCAAAAAGCACAAAACAGAUAAAGAUUCAAGAUUUCAAUAUAUGACCAUUUUUUAACUGAAUCCAAGCAGUGACUUUGAAUUAAUGAGACAAUGCUUGAUGGAUAAAAAGGGGCCAGAAUUCAACUCAUCUGUCUAGGGUUAGGGUUAGUAAUUGUUUGCAUGUCUUCUAGCUGUUUGUGGUUGAUGUGCUUGUGGCAUGUGGUGCCAUUUCCUUUUCAUAGUGAGCUCUUUACGUCCAAGUGGAGCAGGUUGUGAGCUAUACAUCCACACUGCUCCCUCCUGGCAGUGGCCUCUCCCUGCACCGUAGCUGCCUCUGAGUCAUGACCUCUUUCAUGAUACACCUUGAAAGAAUGAGAUUUAUGUCUUCACGCUAUAGGGACAGUUGAAAUGUUUAGCUGACACGACUACAUUCCAGGCUCAGCUGAGGGUUUGGGACCAUACAUCACAUCUGCUGAUGCAUUAAAUGAACAUUCAGUUCCCUGGACAGACGUUCGACUAAGGUUACCAAUCAAAGUAAAGCACUUUCAUUCGAUUUCAUUGACUAUAAAUAAUUUAUACCUUGAUGAAGAGUUUUUCCUCUUCAGAUGUGCCAUAAUAUUGUUACAGAAGUUCCAUUUCCUGUUUGCAACUAAAAAAACGAGAAACAUGAAUGUGAGCACAGAUGUUGUUGAAGGUUCUGAACAACUGAUGCAUGUGUAUGUGCUAAAUACUGAUUCAUGGUUCAUACAUCUAUGUGAGGCUGUAUUUUAUUGCCAGAGUGAAAACCUGAAUGUUUACUAAAUGUCUGCCAGCUAUUUUUCGCACAACUUUUUGUCACUGUUAAAGUAAUGCCUGUUACAAAAUGUGGUGUCUUGUGGUAUUUAUGACAUGAAGCAAGUGAAUGUGCUGUAAGAUUUGUACUGAAAUAAAUGAUGUACAUGCUGCA